AUGUCUCCUGCAUCUGUCGCUGCCUCUUUGCAGCAGGACCCACAACUUCAGACCCUGGCGAAAGCUUUCGAAGCUCUUCUGCUAACCACUCAGCAAUUUAUCUGCAAGGAGAAAAUCUUGCAACAGAAGCUGGAAUAUGCUUAUGACGAGUAUAUGAAACUCACAUAUCGACUUCCCGGUGGUCUUGACACACAUGCUAAGAUCGUGUCAGAAAAGAUUCGCGGUCACUCCUCCGAAUUCGUGGAACAAAAUUCUACGUCUUUCAGUCCUCCCGAUGUAGUACGAGCACUAGCAGAGUCUGGGAAUGUAGGAAAGCAGACUCUCAAACCAAUAGCGGACGGGGUGGUGUGCUACAAAUCUGUCCUAAAUUCACAGAGUGACCCCGGGCUUAAUCCAUGCCUUGUUGCCACUAGGGCCGGAGCUCCUGGCUCUCUAGAAAAAGAUUUCACCACCAAAGGCACUCAGGGAAAUCUUCACUGCCCAUUCGCAAAGUCUAAGAAUAUACCGCCUGAUGAUAGCGGCGUGGCUAAUGGGAUUGAGAAUCCUUUCAAGUUCCAGAAUGAUGACACGUGUGGACACGAAAGUUUAGAUCCCAUAAAGGCUGAACGAAAUGAUAGACGUUCUAGUCAGACUCCUUCGGUCAGGACAUCGACCACCCAAUGUCCCGUUGCUCGGUGCCCUAUUAGAUACCUAGACCAGCAUAGCCCGGAAGAAAUUGCCGACUAUGUUGAAAGGCACAAACACGAAAUACCCCGAAGUCAUGCAAUUUGUGUCCAGCGUUAUCAGAAGGAUUCCCAUAGCAUGCGACAUCUAGAUGCAAAAUAUGGUAGUCUCAUUAAUAUGAUUCGAGGAUUAUCCGUCAAACAUCAAGCGUUCCUUCCGAACCGUGGUAAUAGCGGCGCGCCAACAUCCAGUUCCUCUGCCGAACGAGUGGAAAAGUGGGCAGAAGAGGUUGGAAUAAAUCCGGAUAUACAGCCCUCUAUUAAAGAGGGCGAGACAGAGAACGACGAUGGGAGGGAGGGCCGCUUUGACCGUCCACUACGCGAGGUCCGCGUUGGUGAAUCUCCAAGCAGGCCUUGGGGAAUCCCUGUCCCGAUGCCCUUGCCUCCUUCAGAAUCGCCUCCGCCGGCGGCGGCCUUACCUGAGAAGUCGAAGAAACCAUCGGAGGAAGAGGCCAUCAGGGUCUCUUCCAUCCCGCCCCGUGACUCUACGGUACCCAACUCUGGUCGUUGUCCUUUCGGCCAUGGUGCGCCUCCAGCUGCCAAUACAGCGCCGGAGACAGAGACCAUUCACGACCAUGAGAAGAAGAACGGAACUAUUGACACUGCUGAGCAGGAUUUUGGAGAACAAACAUAUGCUCAUCCUCCCCCAACCAACUCGCCCGCCAGUAUCGUAUUCAACGGGCCUGUAUUCUUCGGCUUUUCCCCAGAGCAAACUUCUGCUUUCUUGCAGCAACUGGGAUCUCAUAUCAAUAAACAGUGA